AUGAGCACGUACAGACAACCGUUCAGCCGCGGUGCCGCGGCGUUCGGGAAACGACCGAGCAGCUCAUCGAGCGCCAACGCCAAGCUCGCCGAGGCGCUCAAGGUGAAAAUUGACAUCGACAAGGUUGAUUUAGAAGUCAUCAAACCGUGGAUCUCGCGCGAGAUCACCGCGCUGUUGGGGGUGGAGGACGAAGUUUUGAUCGGCAUGAUCGAGGUGUUGCUAGAAGAGUGCAAGAUUCACAAGAAUGGCGCACACAUGUACGCGCAGUUGGAGUCGUUUCUCGAAAAGCAAACCGAAACGUUUUGCGUGCAACUGUGGGAGCUCUUGGCGAGCGCACAGGCGAACGCGGGCAAACACGGAGAGAAAGGCGUGCCAUCGAAAUUCAUGAAGGAUACCGAGGCGCAGCGCAAGCGCGAGGACGAGGCGUACGAGCGCAUGAAGAAAAAUCAGGAACGCGGUCGCGACGGUCGACGUUCGCAGCAGAAACCGUAUGACCGGCCGCCGCGACGACAUAGCAGAGAUAGGGUAGGACGCGGCCAAGAGAGGCGACGGGAUUCUAGAAGUCCGCCGCGGCGACGGUCGCGGUGGGGCGCCGACGGUGAGCGGAGCGACGGCAGCGACGACGCGUGA